AUGGAGGCGGAGGCUGAGCCUGGGAACCUGGCUGGCGUCCGGCACAUCGUCCUUGUACUCUCGGGGAAAGGGGGCGUUGGCAAGAGCACAGUCACCACCGAGCUGGCCCUGGCCCUGCACCGCGAGGGCAAGAAGGUGGGUAUCCUGGACGUGGACCUCUGCGGGCCCAGCGUGCCACGGAUGCUCCGCGCACAGGGCUGUGCGGUGCACCAGUGCGACAGCGGCUGGGUGCCGGUCUUCGUGGACCAGGGGCAGAGCCUGGCCAUCAUGUCCGUGGGCUUCCUGCUCGAGAAGCCCGACGAGGCUGUGGUGUGGAGGGGCCCCAAGAAAAACGCACUGAUAAAGCAGUUUGUGUCAGACGUGGCGUGGGGGGAGCUGGACUUCCUGGUGGUGGACACGCCCCCGGGGACGUCGGAUGAGCACCUUUCGGCUGUGGAGGCCCUGCGCCCCUACCAGCCCCUGGGGGCCAUCCUGGUCACCACGCCCCAGGCAGUGUCGGUGGGGGACGUGCGGCGGGAGCUGACCUUCUGCCGGAAGACGGGGCUGCGCGUGAUCGGGGUCGUGGAGAACAUGAGCGGGUUUGUCUGUCCACACUGCACGGAGUGCACCAACCUCUUUUCCACGGGAGGCGGGGAGGAGCUGGCCAGGCACGCCGGGGUCCCCUUCCUAGGCUCUGUGCCCCUGGACCCCCAGCUGGCAAGGAGCCUGGAGGGGGGCCAGGACUUCGUCCAGGAGCUCUCUGGGAGCCCAGCCCUCCCCGCGCUCACCGCCAUCGCCCGGAAGGUCCUGGACUGGGCGCAGGCGCGCGGCCCUGACUGA